UGGCGCGGCAGUUGUUGGGAGUGGAGUGGUGCCCCUGUGACAAGGUGGCAGAACGAAUAGUUCUGCCACUAAUGGUGACCAUGGUGGAGGAUCAGAAUUCGAUAGAUAUGAACGAGGAUAAAGAUUUGUCAUUCGACCAGGUCACGCAUAACUGGGUGGAUAUCACUCAAGAGUUCUUCGAGGCAAUCACAGAGUUGGAACUGGGAGAAUUGUUGCAUGAUGAGCUAUUUGGGUUAUUUGAGGCCAUGUCUGCCAUUGAGAUGAUGGAUCCAAAAAUGGAUGCUGGCAUGUUAUGCAAUCGGGGGAACAACAAGCCUUGCACCUUUACCCAGGCGGUCGAUUCAGGCGCAAUCAAAUUGGACAAUUUUACACCCGCCGAAAUUAUCGGAAUAAUUGAUUCCACGUGGUGUAUAGUAUCUUGGUUAGAAGGACACAGUCUUGCGCAAACCGUUUUCACGAACUUGUAUUUGCAUCAGCCUGCGCAAAUACUAGAUAAGCCUUUGAAGACCUUUUGUUAUGCAGUGUAUAAGAUAAUAGAGAUAAUCAAGGACUGCAUUAAUAAGGCUUUGGUAUUCGAAGAGGAGGAUUUUCAGAGCGUUACCUAUGGCUAUAGAUUACAGCAAGAUAUUACGGAACAAAAAACAAUAUCGAUGUUGCGGGAAGUUGAAGAGGAACUUCAUCGUAAAAGUCGGAUAAAACUCGUUGAUGUCGAAUCUGAGAAAGAGUAUAAUGAUGGAGUAGCACUUUAUGCGAGGAUCCGAUUUACCAAAAUGUUCUAUCAAGUGCUAACAUUGAUGGGUCGGAAGCAGCAGUUGCAGCAGAAUUUAAGUGAUUGCCAGAGAUUAUUAUCGAAUUGUUCCGAUAUGCUUAAUAUUAUGAUUUCAACAGUAGCUCGCGGAGAAAAGGCUGAUGAAGUUUCUAAUCAUCCAAACAUUAUGGGGUUUGAUCCGAUGGUGAAUCAGAGAUUAUUACCACCUACGUUCCCUCGAUAUACCAAAAUUAAGCCAAGAACAGAUGCCUUAGAAUAUUUAGUUGAAUUAAUAAACAGAUUCAAAAUGGUUACCAAGAUCACAAAUCAUAUCGGAUUUCACGCGGCCUUGGAUUUUUUCUUAGAAUUCUCCCGUCAAAGUCCAUGCAUAUUAUCCAGAUCUAUGCUACAAAUAGUUUACUUGCCUGCCACUAAUCGUGUAUUCGGUAUACAUAAUUUCGCCGAUGUACUGAGAGAUGCGGCGCGAAAUUUCAUUGCCCCACCUGUGUUGCUGCCAAAAAGUACGUUGCUGCAGAAUCACCAGGCUAAGGAGUACGUCGAUAGCUUUCUGUCGCAUUGUGUUAGCUUAUUCGGAAACCUGUUGCAGCUUAGUGGACAUAAUAGGGCAAGACAAAGAGAUAAGCUGGCACAUUUGUUGGAAGAUUUUGCGACAUUGCAAGAUGAAGCGGAGAGAGUUGAUGGCUAUUUGCACACUCUAUCUUUGAAAAGUGAUACGCCAAGGCCUCACUUGGCCUGCUUUGGUACCUGGAUUUUAUAUCACACACUGCGUGUGAUGGUCAUGUAUCUAUUAAGUGGUUUCGAACUCGAGUUAUAUUCGGUGCACGAGUACCACUAUAUUUUUUGGUAUCUAUAUGAAUUUCUGUAUGGCUGGCUCGUAUCUGCGAUUACGCGAGCUGAUACGUUCUUAAUGGAGCAGGACGUACACAAUGAUACUCAUAAGGGUAGAAGCAAAAAGAGCUCUAAGAAUAAAAAGAAAAAAUCGACACCAAGACCAUAUAAUUUGGAGAUAUUAAUGUAUCAGGCUUUGCAAAAUAUAUGUGGCGGAUAUUAUAAAGCUCUGGUUGGUUUUCGCAUGGAUGAAAAAAUACCACUUCCAGAAAUACAGUUUGAUUCCGAGCGAGUGAGAUAUGAGCAUCGAUUAUUACCGUUUUCGUCUUUAUUAACGCCACCGCCUGUUCAUUAUCAAGAAUUUCUAGACAUGACAAAUGCUCAAAUGCAUAAAAGAAAUGAGAAAGUUACCAGUGAAAUGCAAUAUGUUGCCGGCUGUCGACAUUUUCAUCAGGCUAGAAAUAUGUUGGAACGUGCAUUAUUGCUUUAUCCAUCAAAUAGUUUAAUAGAAAAUGAAAUAAACAAUUUAUUGAAAGUAGCAAAAACGAAUUUUGUGGUGCUGAAGCUAUUAGCUGACGGACACAAAAAGGACUCGAAGGAACCACCGGUCUUUGAUUUUUCUUGUCAUCGGCAUUUUCCUCUUAUUAAAAUAACUUAAAUCACAUAUGUUAAUUUUUUUAUAACA